AUUAUAUAAAUAGGUUUCAAUUUAUUUUUUGUUUUAUUUAUUUUUAAUCAAAAUGGAAGUAAUAGAGGAUGGUAAUAUUAUGGACAGGAUACCUAUCCUGUUGCAACGAGACUUAGAAUAUUAUCAGAAAAAUCAAACAGUGUUAUCUGAAAACAUUUGUCGGAGUGUAGUUGGAGGAAGGUUAGACUUCCCGAGGAGUGCAUCAUUUGCUGCUGUUAAAAUUGUAUUAUGGCUGGAAGAAGAAUUCACUAUUGCCUUUCAGCAUGGCUCGGGGAUGUUUGUUACAUUAGAUGAUGAAAAACAAGAUGGUGGUGUUGCCAAAACAUCAGAUCCUGAUAAAUUUGCACAAUUAGCUACUAAAUCAAGUGAUGCUCUGCUGGAACAUCUUCAUGUCCUUGCCCAAGAAGCACUCGAUCAUGCAGACUUACCAGUACUAACGGCUACUUUAGGAGCUGCAGCUCUCUUGAAGAACACUCUCUUUUGCUACGUCCAACACGUUGAAGACUCUGGCAAUUCUGAAAGACAUUCAAUAUUACAAGCUUGUUACAAGCGCUACAGUACAAUGUCGGAAGCUGUGGGCGAAAGAGUGCUCGAUCUUCACAACCGCGUUCUAUCCCUGUAUAUACUGCAAGAUUCAGGCGGUAGACCGAUAGACGACCAGUCUAAUGCUGUAUACGAAUCUGGUACACCGUCGGUUCAAGGAUGGUGGUUGUAUAUGAACGGUAGCAAAAAAGAUCUAUGGGAUACGGUUCCACCGAAGAUGGCACAGAGAAUAUUUGCCGGCAUGUUGAAUGAAACUCUUACAAUACUCACAGUCCGAUAUUGCCAGACGAACACGACGUCUGCGACGACGCCCCUCCUUAUAAACGACAUACUGAACAUUCUUCUCUGUGUCGCGCAACUGUUGCCCGCGAUAUGUUCGGACGGCUCGGACUUGUCCGGCUUGGAAUCUUCCAAGCAGUCACGUGACGUGAGGGACGUUCACGCGAAAUGCAAUGAAUUGUUCAAGUGCAUGGCAUACAGGGGUUCGGAUUUGCAUUUUUUACACCAGAUAUUUACAGAAGAAGAAACAAAUCUCACCAAAGAUACCGCUUAUCCUUGGUUCACGUUCGUAAGUCCGAACCUGUUUGACGGGCUCAACGACAAGACGGCGAAGACUACACAGGAUUUGUCUACAAAAACUGCAUUAGGGUUGGAAUUUAUGGUCCUUUUGGCGCAACCGCAGCCGUCUUGGGCUUUAGUCGUCAAGGUGCUUAUGAUGCGAAAUUGUCACUUAUCCAGUAUUCUAUUGAUUGAUGCGAUGCGUAACAUGUCUAAGGAUAAUUCCCGUUGGCCAGCCGACGGCCUGUGGUACAAUGUGAGCGGCUGCCAGGAGAAGUGUGAAGGAUUUUUGUGUACCGCUGAUGGUUUUUGUAGAUUCAAAGGCGAUAAUGAUGCGGGCGAGGAAUACGCUCGCGCGGUCGGCGCGCUGACCAACGUGUUGGUGACGAUCGGAAGUAAAUCUGAAUUAAAGUCCACGCUCUGUUACGCUUUGGAAAUCUCGGCUCGAGAAUGGGCUGCUUGUUUGGACAAAAGACAGGUCUGGUGUGACCGUAGACCGCCAUGGCUGGCAGGUCUGUUGUCGGUAGUUGGCACAUCCUUGCAAUUCGUUCCACCCAUACUCGUUAACGCGGUACUGACGGGCGCCUCUAUGUACCAGACCAUGUCAUUAUGUCUCACGUGCAUAUCAAGAAUGCUAGACUGUAUCCCCCGUUGUUUUAUAAACGCAGCGGCCAUAUUGGAAGGUGUCCUGCCUUCGAAGGUGAAUCCAGUCGGUGGGUCAGUAUUACUGCAAUUGUUGGUGACGAUAACGUAUGAGGAGUUACAGAAGUGGGCCAAGAUAGAAAUGAUCAAGGAGAAGAAUGUUUCCAAUGGCGAUGCUCAUGAUAUGAAUGUCAGACAAAACAACACGAAGUCGAAGCAAGUACGGACUGUGACUUUCAAUCGGACGAUGACAUCUUCUUCGGUCUCAUUCGACGGUAGUCACAGUUCACCAUCUUCCAUAGCGCUUGCUAUCGCGGAAGCCCUGUGUUCAAUUGACGAAGACCAUAAACACACGUCAGAAAUAGAAAAUUUGGUUAUUCAGACAAAGAGGCCUUAUUUCUUAAGUGAAAACUUCGGACUUGAAGAUUUUCCUGAAUUCGCAGAGUUCUUUGAAGAGGGUAACGUGCCAGCGUCGGAUGCCGAGCGGGCGAGCGACGCCGCGGCUCUGACCAGUCGGAUACUCAUGACCUCGGCGGGGAGGGACAGCUUGAGAGUGAUCUACGAACAUCUACAAUUGCACUCAGAAAGGAUUUUCACGGAGUUGGCCUUACAGAAGCAAUCUGAUACGGGAAUAUCAUUGAACAAGGCGCCUCUGCUGUACAUAAUGUUUCAUAUUGGAAAACGACCGUUUGAUCAGUACCUUCAAGGAGACUGGACGAUGCCUUGGAGUAAACUGGUCACGCUCGCGAAGGCCUGGUCGGGAGUGGAGGGAGCCAAAGUACACGUCAACCGCCGGACCGACAUACGCAACGCUAAGACCAGCAAGGACAAGCGAGUCCUGGAGCUGUAUAGUGUGUUCAAGUCACCGCCAGAGGGCCUUUUGUAGAUUAUAAAAGAUAUACCUUUCAAUAGUUAUGGCUUCCU